AUGGAGGAUGAAAUGAUCGACUACGGCUUCGAAGAGGAUAGUGUAAGGAUUAUAUUAAGUCAACUCUAUUCCAGAUCUUUUUAAAAUCUCGUGCAAUUGCUUAAAAUUGUGACGUGAAACUUUCUUUUUGCCGUUUAGGUUAUGGUUAUUGAUGGCGAAGUUGACGAGAAAGACAGAAACAACGAAAACGAAAGGAGCCGAGAACUUUACAUGGAAGAAAGACAGGCUUGUGUUAAGCAUUUCGAGAAAUGGUCAGAAACCCAGCAAGUUGAAUUUGUAGAAUAUCUACUCUCGAAAAUGUGUCAUUAUCAGCAUGGACACAUUAAUUCAUAUCUCAAGCCAAUGUUGCAGCGAGAUUUUAUAACUGCCUUACCUGGUAAGUUGAUUCUGUUCUUAAACGAAUAAACGGCCACGUUUCUCCUUUAUAAGGCUUUAAAGAGUGCUCAACCGAGAAGAUCGAGGCGAAAGUCGAGUUAUUAUUCGCCCGAUCAAAGACGCGUUUCUAGUUGAUGUAUGUUGUGAUAUUGUUGUGUUGAUGCAUUGUUCGUUCCAGUCGUGUAAUACACUUAUGUUUUUAUUUUACCGUUGAUUUGAAAUGUACACUGUUUCAUGUUUUCAUCCAUUGGUUUUGACCAAAGUCACCUCUCCCUCCUUCACAUAGCUGCCCUCAGAGGCAAUAUCGGUUUUAUAUCGCAUGCCGCAAACCAAGAUCUUGUACAUACUUCAUCAAAGUUUUUGCGCUUUCCAACGUUUAUGUUUAUAGUUAUUUUUGUUUUGGAGGGGCUGUUUACAUAGGCAUUUAUAAAGUGAUUCGUUUAACAACAGAUAGGAAAUUUAAGCUCAGUAUUUUCACCAAUUGAACCCGUUGUAAGCUGUUGCAUUCUUUAACUAAGAAGUCAGUGUUUUCAUUUUUUAAUAUUUUUUUAAAUUGAAGAUAAGCUACAGGUACCUCGUUCAUCAUUGAUUAUCAGUGUAUUGCAUCUUCUAAAGUUGUCUGAUUAAUCUGAAAUAUAUGUGUAGUCUGAGCCGAAGAUUUGAGUAUAUUAUUGUUGCGGAUUACCACUGCUGCGAACACUACUAAUUCUGAUUUAAUUAUUAAUUUAGAUUUUUUGCUUUCAAAAAGCGAGAAUCUGCAUUUUACUAUUAAUACAGUCAACCUUAAUUAUUGUGGACACCCUACAAGUUAGUGUCCUUAUCAGUGAAAGUCUGUAGUACAUGUAGUAGUAGCAGUAGUUUAUACAUUCAGAUGUGUGUAAUUUAUUUUUGCUGAGAUUUAAGCUGCUGUCCACAUUGGUAACUGAUCAUUUCGCCGCCUAAGUCAUUUUGCCCCGGUUACUUACCCCCCUGUUUUCAAGUCAUUUAGCACGCUCCAAAUAUAUUGUUCCUCAUUCUACAAAUGUAUAAGCCACAAAGCAAAACAAGCACCCUUCAAAAUUAAUGUAACAUUGCUCGUUCUACAAGCCAUAAACUAAUGCAAGCUCAUUCUAAAAUAGGAGGCUAAGUAACUGGGGUAAAAUAACUUGGUGGUGAAAUUUCCAUUAUUUGGGUGUUUAUACUGCACCUAUAUGUCUUGCCCUUAGCUCAGGGGAUGUUCUCACCCCCGAAGCUGCAGUGCUUGUGGUCAGAGCCACAGACUGAGAACUCUGGGUGGGAACAGGGUAAUACAUGUAAACUGGUUGUGUGGUGCGCAAGUCAAUUCGUACCCUGUUAAUUCAUACUCAGAUUUCAAUUGAUUGAUACCCCGUAUUCAGCUGAUUUGUACCCAUAUUCUAGUCAAUUUACACACAUAAAUAACAGAGUGAAUACAACUCGAUAAUAAUAAAACCAAGCUUCACAUGUUGUGUACCUCAUUCUUUAAGCCACGAGACAAAAAAAGUGCUCUAUGAAUCUACUAUACUUCUUUUUAAGCUAUGAAGUAGGGGUUGCACAGAAAGCCAAAAAUAAACCAUGUUUUGUAGACAUCCUACUUUUGCUUCACCCAAGAGCAUUGCUCAACAUUAACAGUAGUCUACUUGUCCAGGACUAGUGAAACUUUAUGUUGGGCUAGUAAAAAUGUGCUCCUCCUAGACCCGUGACAAGUUAGUUUAAUGGACAAAAUAAAAUUUCUACAAUCCUGUAACUUGGGAAGUUCUUUUUCUAAAAUGGUUCAUCAUAGUUUCUAUAUCUUAAGUAUUAAAUGUAAACCAAAGGACUUUCUAUCCAUAUCAUGGAGGUAUCGUACGAUUGACCCGCAAAAUGGAUGCCAUGUUGGAAAUGGAAUUUAUUUCCUCACUUUCGUGUCACUCAAUGAAGUAGGGACCUGGGUAAGAGCCACCAUAGGUCUGCCAUCUUGGAUUUUUUUCAUACACAUUCACUGCAGGAAUGCAGCAGAUUUCAAGCUUUUUAAACAACUCACCUUUGAGAAAGCAUCUUUCAAACUCCGCUUUUGACGCAGGAAGAAUGGCUCCAGUCUCUUGGGUAUUUUUUCAGGCUAUUUUUGGACCAGUUCUCAUGGGCUAGUGAUUUAUUUCACUUACCAGCCCAUUGCCUAGUGUCUGAACAAAGUUAGUGUCAAGCACUGCCGAGCUGUUGAUCUACACUGUAUGUUGCUUGCAGCUCUAGGGAUGAGAAUGAAGAGGAGAGGGUGGACAUGCCCAUUUGAGAUUUGCCAUUCUGUGACUUCCAGAAAUGUUAGAUACCCCUGUGGUAUAUUGUAAACAAAUUGUAUAGCUAUUUUCACUCAUGUGGUCAGCAGCUAUACACAAUUUCUUGGAACAAAAGAGAUGUUUUUACAUAAGAAAAGAGAUCCUACUAUCCCCACAGUUAUUUUUUGGUUCACCAACAUGGCCACCACUUUGAUCAUUGUUUUGGUACACCAAUAUUUCCAGAUUUCAAGUGUCAGGGAUGAUCAAAUCAGGGCAAAAUUCAAAACCAAAGAAAAUCCCUGGACCAAAAAUUAACCCUAUAGAAAUCUCAUGCCAAAUUUCUGAGCCUUAAGAAUUUCCAGAAGGCAUUAAAAUUAAUGAUAUAACACGAACAAUAAAAACAUUAGAAAUUUAAUGUUUUCAGAUUGUUUUGAAUACAGUCGACUCUCGAUAACUCGAACCCUUUAUAACUCGAACCUCCCGUUAACUCAAAGUAAUUUUCAUUUCCCUUCAUAUCAUUUUCCAGAUAAUUAUACUCUCAAUAACUUGAACUCCCGAUAACUUGAACUUUUUUCUAUUUCCCUUGAAGGUUCAAAUUAUCGGGAGUCGACUGUACUCACAAAUCCCUUCUUAAUUCAAGCUAGCCAAAAAAUACUUGCCAAAUUUUUCUACCCCAAAAAGUGCUCGAAUCGAAUAUUUCAAAUCCCAAAAAACUUGACUUUCACUUGAAAUCUGGAGCACGCCCCUCCCCCUGUGUUAUAACCACUUCAUUCGUUUAUCAUUGUGUAGUAGGUUCACUAAAAAAUAAUGUACUUAUUUUUUGUUGUUGUUUGACAGCUAAAGGGUUGGACCAUAUAGCUGAAAAUAUCUUAUCCUUUUUGGAUGCCAAGUCUCUUUGUGCAGCAGAGGUAGUUUGUAAAGAGUGGAACAGAGUAAUUUCUGAUGGAAUGCUAUGGAAGAAGCUUAUUGAAAGAAAAGUCCGAACGGAUCCUUUGUGGAGAGGGUUGUCAGAGAGGAGAGGAUGGUAAUAAUAUUGGGAUAAGAUGGAAAUAAAUUAAAUAGUUGUUAUUGAAAAUAAAUUUAUUUUGUGAAAGGCUUUCUUCAUUUUCUUAGAGCCAUUGAAAUUUCAAAUUUCACAAAAUGGACCAAAAUGAAACCUUACACACCAAUUCCUGUGAAAUUUGAAAUUCAUUUUCUUGGGCUCCCAUAAGAAAUUGCCUUUGGUGUUAUUACAGAUACGGUAACUAUUAGUACAUGUAAUUAUUUCUAUAGUUCUUGAAAAAUGUAAAAAAGAAUGGACUAUACUUUAAACUAUUCUGUACGAGGUUUUUAUCCGCUGAAAAUUGAAAUGACUUAAUUUCCCGAUGGAUUCCGUCUUAAUCUGACAUGUACAGAACCACUCAAAGGGGAAAGGAUUGGAUAAAAUAGAGACUUCAACAAAGAAAAUACCUUUCUUAUAAAUGACUAAGGAUAGGAGAAUUCUUGUCACCAAUUAAGAAUUGAGAAUUUGCUCAUCUAAAUGGGCAAUUUAGGUACGUUACUGUCUGUACUGGCCAAAGGACAAGCAUUGUCCUCAGUGCCAAUCAAAAUGAUGGCACACACUGCAAACCUUAGACAAUUAUGUUUAGAUAUCCUUGAUAGAUUUACAUUCACAGCUGGUGACAGUGAUUCAAUAAAAAGUAUUUUUCAUGCAGUAUGUAGUUGACCCUUCUUGUCGAUAACGUCCUACAUGUAUAUGCCGGUAUGCUGCUGAUGACUGUUUUUGAAUAAUCAUAGGCAAUGUCUUAGCUCACAUGCCAACUACAGGCUUAUGUUGGCAUGUGUUAACUCAUGAAUAACAAAUUCCAUUUUUCUCUCUCUGUUAGGGGACAGUAUUUGUUCAAAGCACAAGUUGCAGACCCUCCUCGACAUCUUUUCUUUAGAAGACUCUUUCCAAAAAUUAAUGAGGACCUUGAGGUACAGUUAACCUAUUUCUAACAAUCAUUGUUUGUGUAGCAUGACCUAAUCGAUAAAACCUUAGUUACUUACAUCAACUUUUUUUCUUAAUUUUCCCUAUUUCUUACCUGGUUAGUUACUGUUGAUGCUCAAAUUAGUGUCUGGGGUUCAUAUUUAAUUUUUAUGAGUUGAGAUGGGUUGCUGCUUAUUUUAUUCUUCAGAAAUUUGGCCUUAUAUGUUAGAUGGCAUUUGUCUUUGUUUCAAAUAAGAAUGGAAACUGAAAAAAUGUAAGCAGUAACACAGAAACUUUAAAACACACUAUUGUUUCAGUGAAAACAGGGACCAGUUGUUCGGAGGCCAAUUAGUGCUAACCUGGGGUUAAGUGUUAAUCCAGUUUUUCUUUUGAUGUUGUUGUUCAAAAGCAAUUUCUUGGAUAAUUUUUUAUCUCCUUUUUAGUGUAUCUAAUCAUCAAAUUGCAGGCAAAAAUAAUAAUUGAACUACAAUUGCCACAGCUAAUUUUUUUCAUUAAUGUUUUUUAGGCAAUUGAUACUAAUUGGCGUUGUGGCCGUCAUUCUCUUCAUCGUAUCUACUGUCGCAGUGAGAAUAGCAAAGGUGUUUACUGCUUGCAGUAUGAUGACAACAAAAUAGUUAGUGGUCUUAGAGAUAACACAAUUAAGGUAUGUGUUGCAUCAGUGCAUAUAAUAAGGCUACAAGGCCGUGCCCACUCCAGCUUGACCAUUUGAACCAGUAGCAAAGGCUGUUGUACUGUGAUGUUCACACUAACACUUCCAUCCUCAUUGCUCUCUACCCUUGAUUCCAUAAUUUUUUAAUACGGCUUUGAAGUAACUCACUGAGUUGACUGUUCCAUAUCCUCCGAUCAGGUUUUUUGUUAGACGAGAGGGAAAAAAGAACACCUGAUCUUUACAUAUUUUGCACUAGCUGCCAACUACCCCCUGCUUUCAAAAAAUUAACAUCUGGUUGACCUAUGUUUAAUAUGUGUAAAACAUUUAAUGUGCUACCAAAUAUUUUUGUGCUUGGGGAAAUCAAAACAGUGGCUAUGUUCAAUUAUAGUUUCUUUGAAAAGCUAGCACAAUCGUAUUUCUGUGAUGGAGUAAUACAUGUAUCAGCUGGAUCUAGUUGAAUUCAAUAUUUUUUUUUCUGCCACAGAAACGAGAAAACAAAACUUUAGCCUGAGAGAUGAUCUUAACUAUUCGAAACAGUUAUGUUUCAUUCAAACUCCUCAGAAUCCUGUGGGAUGUCAAACCUAAUCUUCAGCCAAUAAGAACAAAACUGUCGACCAGUCAGAAAUACUUCCAGUUUCUGACUGGUUAUCUGGUAAAUAGAUGUACAUGUAUCGUGCCUUCCUUCCCACAAAAGGCAAAAAAGUAGAGAGAUAUGAAGGGAGAGCAUGAUCAGUUGCAGGCUAACUGUACCAUGGAUAAUACUUUGAAGUUAAAAAUGUGUUCUUGUCAUAACAACUUUGUUAUUUUUAACCAGUAGUUGUCAUAGACAAAUUCGGCUGUCAGUACUAAGUCAAUAAUUUGUUUCUGUUUUCAUUUUAGAUAUGGGACAAAAACACAAGAGAAUGUGUCAAAGUUUUAACUGGCCAUACUGGCUCCGUUCUUUGUCUUCAAUAUGAUGAGAAUGUUACUGUCACUGGUUCAAGUGAUUCCACUGUUAGGUAAUGUUUUGCAAAAGCAAAAGGUGCUCUAGGGUACUUAAUAAUUUUUUGUUUGUUAUUUCUAUCAGGCGGUCCUGAAAUUUGGUAUCAAGAGAGUAACAUGCAUUAAAAAAAGACCCUAAAAGUCAAAAUAACUUGUGAUUUUACAUUAAAGUCUCCUUUAACUUAACCCAAUUCAAAAGGAGAAUCUAGCAGCUGGUCAGAUAAGUUUAUGCCACUUUCUUCAUGCACCCCAUCUAUUUUAGUUCUUCUUUUUUAACCUUUUACCAAAAUAUACAGAGAAAAGGAGUCAGACUCAGAAUUAACUGUUAAAUGAGUUGACAAUUUCUUUUGCAGGGUAUGGAAUGUUCACACUGGUGAAAUGUUAAACACUUUAAUCCAUCACUGUGAGGCUGUUCUUCACCUGAGAUUUCAAGAUGGCAUGAUGGUGACAUGUUCAAAGGUAAAUAAUUUUGAUCUAUUUAGGUUUCACCUACCAACCUACCCCUCCCCUAAGCCAACAUUAUCCCUUACUUCUCACUUAGGGCAAAAUGUUGGCUUAGGUGAGGGGUAGGUGGGCAGUUUCCCAGGAACCUAAAUUGAUCCAAUAAUUUCUUAUAUAGUACGCAGUCAGCACUCUCUAUGAAGGACACUGUUGGAUCAUGCAUUGUAGGGCGUGUCUCACAGUCGGGCCAGGUCAAGUGUACUCCCAAAGGUUCCAUUAAUGAAUUUGUUAUUGACUGAAUGCAAAGAGGUUAUUGUAAAAAAUUCACUGCUCAUUACAGAUGCAGGAAAGUAGAUUUGAAUUUGAUAAUGUCUGCGGCUAACGGAUUCAUCUUUCAAGUAACUGAUUUGUUAAUGGAACCUAUGGAAGUAUGCUUGACAGUCUGGCGUGACUGUAAAGUGGUAUCCAACUUUAUAAUAAAGGUGAGGGACAGGACCAGGAACCAGGGACCAGGGGUCCAUUUCUCAAAAAGCGCGGAAACUUUUCAGGCCCAAAGGCAAAUUUCAAAAUCAAAAUCUGUUGAAUAGUAGCUCAGUUCCUAGCUCACAAACCAGUCAAUAUUGCUUUGUUAACUGAUAAAUUUAUUUUAUCAUUUUCAAAAUUAUUGGAACCUUGAUCUUGAAUGCAAACACAAAAAACACGGAACAGCUUUUUGGGGAUGAAAAGGUAUUGGGGCUUUCACAAAACAGACCCCAGGACCAAGAGCAGUAACUAACUCAAUUGGUACUGAUGAUGAGAAAACCAGUUGAGUAAUAUUUGUUGGGAAGCUGUAAAAUGCACAAGUGUAAUAAAUGGACCCAAAUGUUAAUGUCCAAUCUUAACAGUUAUACCCAAGUGUAAAUAAGUUCUCAGCUGUAAAGGCUGGUUUUCACUAGUGACAGAUUCAUACUUGGAAUCGUAAGCGGAGUCGUAACAGCACUUAUGACCUAUUGAAAAUCAAAAAUUGGAGUCGUAAGUGAAGUCAUAAGAAUCAGAACGUUUCCAUUUCUUCCAACUCUGCUUACGAUCGCUUACUAGUGAAAACCAGAUUGUCGGAAGCAGAAGCAGAAGGAUAAACCAAUCACAAUGCAUGUUCCCACGCUUUGUGAUUGGUUAAGUUCUUCCAUUUCUGCUUUUGACUCCAACAAUCUGGUUUUCACUAGAUCAUAACCAGAAUCGGAACGCUGUUUUCACUAGAUUAUGAGCUCUACACUUCUGAUUACAACUCUGACUCUGACUCCGACUCCGUUGCUAGUGAAAACCAGCCUUAAUUACUUUUGGCCCAACGUGGGAGAAGCUUCUAUAAACAAGAACUUUGGUCUGUGAUUUUCGGCAAUGCAAUUUUUCUACUGCUCAUUUUAGUCUGUUUAGCUGAUUUGGAUAUAGCAGGUUCUCCUCCCACAAAGUCUUAUUAAUUACGUAAUUAAUGUUAAUGCAUAAUAUUUCCAACCAGAAUGAUGGUUUCAAUUAAGUGCCAAACAAAAGCAAUGAAAAAUAACUGAGCCAAGGAAGAAAUUAUAUCACACUUCUUCCAUUAGUAGUGAAUAAAAAGUUGAAAUGAAUAAUGUUAAAACAGACUACAGCAUUAUGCACAGUUGUUGUAGAGUGCUGUGUUGUAAAGGGCUAAGAAAGUCACUGGUUCAGUUUUUGAGAACUCACUGUCUUUGCUGGUCUUAGAUUCUUCCACAUUUCCUUAGGAAGUAAGUUAGUUGAUAAAAUAACUGGAUAAAAAUCACUCAUGUGGAUUUUUGUAUAAAAUAAAAAUGUCCCUUGGAAUUUUUUUUUGUUCAGGAUCGCUCCAUAGCUGUAUGGGAUAUGCAAUCACCAACGGACAUCAACCUCAGAAGAGUGCUAGUUGGACACAGAGCUGCUGUCAAUGUUGUCGACUUUGAUGACAAAUACAUUGUGUCAGCCUCUGGAGAUAGAACAAUUAAGGUACAAUCUACUUAAGUCCAUGUUUCAAGCCAGCCCUUCACUGUUUAACACUUUAAAAAAAGCUUGAGACUAGGCUCCAUUUUGUUCAAAGGGCAGAUGGUGCUAUGUCCUUGUUGAUAACUACCUAAAAUUAUGAAGGUCGGAGCAGUUACGCAUCCAUUGGUUUGCAUAGACAACAUAUUUGAUCCUUCUUGUCACAUAGAGUAAAUUGAGCAAUUUAUGUUAUGUGGAACUUAAUUCAUAUAUGUAGCUAUUUUAUAGGCUUCCACCCCCCCCUCGACAUGUUUGAUUGUUUUUGUCGGAGUGGAAAGGACUCACAAAUGUAACCUGAAACCCUAAAAGCAAGUCAUGCCACUCCCCAUUUUCUUCCCAAAAAUGCAAAUGGAAACCCUUCAAGCGAGAAAAGUCUACCUUCGCUUGGUGGCCUAAAAAGCUCACUCUGCUCACUAAGAAACUCCUGACGUCAACUUGUAGCUAGUCUACAAGGUGAUCUGACAAAGUGAAAUCUGUAAAAAUGAGAAUUAUUGAAACAACCAUGAUACUACAUUUCAUGUUUGAUUAGAUGUUGUGUGAUCCACACAAUCUCUUGGUAAAAACAUCCUAAGGCUCCUAAAACUUUAGUCAAAUCAUAAGGGAACUAUAAUGAAUUCUGUUUAUCUUUAGGUGUGGAGUACUUCCACUUGUGAGUUUGUCAGAACCCUCAAUGGACACAAGCGUGGCAUAGCCUGCUUACAGUACAGGGAUCGACUGGUAGUUAGCGGUUCUUCAGAUAAUACAAUUAGGUAAGACUUAUAUAUAGCAGCUGUGAAUAUUAAAGGAGCUCUGUCACAAAAUUUAUCAAAGUUCAAACAGUGAGAACUACCAACAUGUACAAAUUAGUGUACAAAACAUGAAAAAGAGAUAUAAAUAGUGCAGCAAAUGCCAAUGGAGGCACAGAUGGACAAAUGAGAAGGAAAUUGAAUUGGAUUGGAAUUGUGUUUUUUGAAAACUUGUUAGCCCAACAGUUUUUCAAAUUUCAUUUUUGUUGUUUGUUACGUUGAUACAAUGCUUGGAAGACAUUUUUUGGACUCAAAACUGUGAUUUUGUCAUUCUCAAGUAAUUUCUCAAGUUCCAUGAUUAGGGAAGUGUAAUUGGCAUUAUGAAAGAAAAUGAAGCAGACAGCCAUGGCACAGCCCCUUUAAAAUGGCAAUUUAUUAUGUAUGAAAAAUAAACUUUCUUUACGUACUCACCUGGUUUUUAGAAUAGUCAAAAUAUUUUUUGCUUCCUAAGAGUCAGUUAUGUAGAGUAACUAUUACUAUGUAGUGGAGAAGUCGUUUAAUGUCUCUCUCUUCUGAAUCCAUGGACAGAAUUCAGUGAUAGUGGCACCAUUUGAAUGAAACGUUUUCCACUUUCAGUUCUUUUGAAUGGUGCUAUUAAUUUUUUUUAACCAUUUUUGAGUUACAUUUUCUCAGAGGCAGGGGUUUCAAUAGUAGCCGGGUAGCGGGUAGAUCUAACCGCUUGCAACGGGCUGAUUACCCGCUUGGAGCCUUCACAUGAACGUCAACUAAGACCAGAUAAUUUCAUCUCAGCUUCGAAUUCUUGCCCAAAAAUUGGGCAAAAUAGGUUUUGACUAUGACUACUUCAUUGUAACAUAAUUCUCUUCAAAUUUGUUUAAAUUAGUUGACUUAGGAGCAAAAAAAUGUAAAAACAAAGCAACAAAAAAAUACCUGAAAAUGCAUGUGCGAGUGUCUAGAACUUCAAAAUUUUCCGGGGGAACAUGCCCCCGGACCCCCCUAGGGUCGAAGGCCUUGGGGCCUUCGGCAAAUAUACCCGCCUGUUACUCUUAAGUACCCACUUAUGCAAAAACUUAUUGAACCCCCUGCAGAGGCAUAAUAAAAUUUACUGUUUCUGCUGCUCAUAAAAUUAAUGGAAACAGAAGGAUAUCUUGAUCUUUCUCUACACCUUUUUUUCUGGGUACAAACAGUAAAGCCACUCCCUAAUUGUAAUGAGUGUAUCUUGUGAUAGAUUAUGGGACAUUGAAUGUGGAGCCUGUCUCAGAGUCUUAGAAGGGCAUGAAGAAUUAGUCAGGUAAUAAAUAUUUCUUAGGUAACAAGUGGUUUUUGAAUUGUGUGCUCAACUUAGGAUUUCUUUAAGUUCUGUACCUUUAUCUGUCAAAUGGAGACUGUUUUUAUGUAUUGUAUCCUCAGUGUACCAAUAAAACAACAUGGAUGUUAACUAUUAAAGAGGCCAGAAUGCUGGAUGGCAUCCUACAUCAGAAGUUGCGCUGUAAAGCACAAGUUAUUUCUCAUAAAUUAACACUCUUCUUUCUCUCUCUGUAAUUUUAUUAUAAAAUUAUUACCAUGUAUACAGUAUGUAUACAGUUAAGGGGGUUAAAUUACCCUCAGUCACAGCAUCUUGGAAACACAUUCUAUGUUUUUCUGUGACAGCUUCUUUCACUGUAUCAAUAUUAUUGUAUGAUGAAAACAUUUUUUGAAAACGUUUUUCCUAUACUUUAUUCAAGAAAAUUCUGCCCAGAAAUGUUCAGUUUUCCAGCCAACUACUGUAAUAAUGUAGUGCUUUGUUUUUGUUAUGGGUUGAUUACAGCAUUGUGCUUUGCUUUCCAUUGCCAAUAAAAGAAUGGAAUGGGAUAUCAAUGCCUGUGAUGGGUACUCUAGUUAGCAGAGUUCUUAUAUGUCACCAUCUUGUUUUGCAGAUGUAUUCGGUUUGACAACAGAAGGAUAGUUAGUGGUGCUUACGACGGGUAAGGCAACUGAAAGGAAUUUCUACCAUUAUUUUAAGACCACAGAAAGACUGCAUGUACAGAGUAUUCUUUUUUAGUAGACAUGUAAUAUUAUUUAUCUCAGUAAUAAAGGGACUGAGUUUAAAAUGUGGUCAGAUUGUUUCAUAAGUAAACUCUGGAAGUAUAUGCAGUCCCAAAACUUUGUGGUAAAGCUUUAAAGAAUUUUUUGCUCGGCAACAUUGUUGUGGAAAUCAUUGUGAGGUACUCUGCGUUUGUAUGUGAUUCUCAAAUCUUGCUUGUGCCACAUUCAAUCUCCUUUUUUUUCUAUUGAAGUGAAGGGACUUAAACUUAGGAAAAGAUUAGAAGAGUAGAAUUUUAAGAGACUUAGAAGUUUCAUGUAAGUGUAGCUAAAAGGGGAAGGUAGUUCUGGAGGAUGGAAUCUGAUGCUGACUGGUCAACAACAUGUUUCCAGAAUUUUCCUAUACCACCUGCACGCUUGCUGAACCAGAAUUACCCAAGACUGCCCUGCUAACAUGCUGAAAAUUUAACCAGGACCACCUUGUGUGCCUGGUUGCCUAGUUUCUUCAAAUCAAGAAGAUUUCACAUAUUACGAAAAUGAAUACAACGAAAAAAUGAUGUUUCUCUACACGAGGGAAUUUAGGGUGCCUCCUCAGGAUCCGGCCUCUAGGCUGGAACCGUGGGGGAGGGGGCAAUAACCUUGGAAAUCUCUUCACAAAAUGCUUUGACAGUCAUGACUUGUAUGUAAGAGAAAAAUAACUUCAAUUAAUAACGUAGUAUGUGAUAUUGAUCAGAUGCUUACCAUUACAAAAACAGGACUUUAACUUGAAAACUCCUUUCGACCUCUCAAAAAUGUUGGUGAUACUUGGUGGACAAGGCCAUGUACUACAAUUGGUUUCAAGCUUGAUUCAAUUUCAUCUGGCUGUUAAACUGUUGGAGUGUCCUCCUAUUUAAGUAAUAGCAAACAUUUUCCAUGUUUGUUAUGUAAACCCUGGGAUGAAGUCGAGGGUUUGGAUAACUGUCGAGAAUUCUUCCAACCCCUCAAGUGUUUAUAUCAGGCUAUGCAAAUACAGGAAAAAAAGAUUUCCAUUGCUUUUAUAAAUCAACUUUCUCGAGAAAAAAUGCAACUCUUUGUUGUGGCACUGAUUAGAAGAGAAAUUCUUAACAGUCGUGAAGUCUUGCAGGCAUAAUCAGCUCUUCUUUAGCAAAUAAGAUGCUUUCCAAAAUAUGGAUUUUUCUUUCAAGUUUCAGCUGAUGAGGGAAUGGGUGAAUAAUAUAAACUUGUUGGGUUUUCAAGUCAAAAACGUUUUCAAAUUUGUGCUUGUGUGAUUAACAUGCAAAAAGCAAAACAUCUUGACGUUACGACCAUGUUUACAUACUCUCAUUCAAACAGACCUCUUGUCCAAUCAGAGCGCUCAUACUCAGGGUUCUCAAUAGAUUUUUAAGUAGGAGGUGAUCGCUGAUAAAGUAGGAGGCAAAGGCAGAGGUGUCAAAACAAAGCAAAGAAAAGCGACUUAAACACAAAGUAAGCGGCUAUAAAUCCCAAAGUAAGCGGCGAUUAAUCGCCGGGUGCCGCCUUCUAUUGAGAACCCUGCAUACUAUCUUAGUUAUUUUAUAAAUGUCUCUAUAAGACAUCUGCAGUGUCCACACUUCCCUUUGUGGUGUGUAGUAAAAUACUGUCAUUAUAAAGGAGUAAAAAAGAAAGCAUUAUGCAUGCUUUUAGUACAUGCUGAUGUUUGAUUGUUUACAGAAUAUUAUUAAAAUAAUAAUAUAAGUAAUAAGAAAUAUUAUUGUUUAAUUUCACAAAAGGAAAAUCAAAGUGUGGGACCUUCAAGCUGCACUAGACCCAAGAGCCCCCGCAGGAACAUUGUGUUUGAGAACACUUGUGGUAUGUGGUAUUAUAUUCAAUGGUUUAGAAUCACAUUUUACCUCAAACAUCAGGUCCAAGUUGACACUUUUCUCAAAUCAGAAGCAUUCACUGUAAAACUUGAUUUCAGAAAAUAUCCCUGCUACUCCCAUGGAUGAGUUUUUGUUUGGACCUACGGCUCCCACCCCUCUGGAAAUUCUAUUUUAACCUCAGACUUUCCUUUUCAAAGAUACUAUUUAUGUGAAAAUGUAUAUUACAGUGGAACCUCUUUAUAACAAAGUCCUCAGUGUAACAAACUUUUUUUUUGACUCCAGUAAUAGUAAAAUAUAAGACAAUAUGAAAAAGAACCUUGAUAUAAGUUAUCUAACCUCGUUAUAAUGAACGUAUUUGCCAGUUCCUUUACUCUUUGUUAUAUUGAGGUUCCACUGUAUGUAAUUUCAAAAAGUGGAGGGGGGGGUGCAGGCCCCCUCAGCCCCUCCCCCUGUACUGGCCAUGAGUCACCAAGAAUGUAAGUACUUCAUCCAAGCCAUAAUAGGUAAUGUGUUGAUACACUAGGUUUGGAAGAUGUGGCAGAUGAUCUGUCCUGUCUUUUUCUACUCCUAACAAACCUGUCAUGUGUCACUAAACAAUUAUUGAUAGUUUUGUUUCAAUUAUUUAACAGGAACAUCAAGGCAGAGUUUUCAGACUGCAGUUUGAUGAUUUUCAGAUAGUCAGUAGUUCUCAUGAUGACACUAUUCUAAUGUGGGAUUUCCUCAAUUCCGACCCGAAUCCAAAGAGCCAGCAACACACCGCCCUGCCAUAGGGGUGUUAAAAUAGCCUAUAAAUUACUUUCUAGGAAGCAGAUUUUUCUGUUUACAUGACUGCAUUGCAACUUUGUAUAUACAAAAAUAUUCUUAAAGUCGAGAUAGCUGUAAAUACUUUCUCUGAUGUAAUUCCAUAGUGUUUUCAGGGCAGUACUACUUGUAGAUACUUAGGUAUUGUAUUUUCUCUUUAUUAAGCUAACUGGAGUAGGUUGGUUAUUCGAAAAUGUGUCGGAGAAAACAAUACUUCUACUACUACAGGGGAGCAGAGGUUAAAAAACUAAUGUUUUGCUUUGUUGGGAAUAACAAAGGACAUGAAAAUGUGUCAUGGACAUUUCUCCCCUUGAACGAUCAGAAACAACUAGUUGUUCAUUCAUUUUUCAUUGUAAUUUAACCUUUUCCUUCCACAAUACUUGAUCUUUCAUUUCAUUCAAUAAGUCGGUUGUAAAGAGUUUUUACCAUUCGUAGGAAUUGUAGCUCUUUACAAAUCUACUGCUAAUAUCCAUGAUUUAGUAGUGGACUCAAUAUUUAAUGUUUGCCUUGGGAUGCUAAUUGCCUAGUUAUAAAAAUUAACAUUACAUAGAUUUUGAAUUUAAAAUUCGUGGACUGUCUUGCUCUGGUAGCAACCUUUAUACAUCAAACAAAUGUUUGCUUAAAGCAAAAUUAUGACCUGGGCCCAGUUGUUCAAAGGCCGAUUAACACUAACCCGGGGUAAAUUUUAAUCCAGGCUUCCUUUUCUUUUCCUCAAAAGCAAGUUCUCGGAUUUUUAGUAUUCUUUUAAGAACAUCCAGUCCUCAAAUUGUAGACAAAGAAUAAAACUUAAUUUGCUUUUUAAACCUUCAAAUUUGAAUUCAAAUUUUGCACUAACCCUGGGUUAUCUUAACCCAACUUUGAACAACCCGGCCCUGGUUGAUAAAACAGUUCUGCAGUGAAUGAAGGUUUCCCUUUAUGAAAUUGAUUCCUUCCCUUCGGUAAUAUAUAUUUUUCUUUGGAGUUUAUCAUGCAUUUGCUAGUUAUAAGCCUUUACCCAAGUUGUUUGUGUACUGUGCCUAUUACUGACGGAUAAGACUUGCAGUGAUUUUUAGGUAUACAAUGCUGUUUUACCCUGAAAGUGAUCAAAAUAUCCUUGUGUGGUCACAAAUAAUUUGUGGCUUCCUUUGUGUGCCGCUUUGCUGUUGCAAGGGUGUACACAAACUUGGGAGACUUUGUCAUCAGUCUCUAAGGUUAUCUAAAUGAUGCAAUGAAACUAUCAGCCAGUGAAUCAAAUUUGAUUGGUCUAUGAGCUAGGAACUCUGCUACUAUUCCACAGGUUUAGAUUUUAAAAUUUGAUGUCGUGCUCGAAAAGUUUCCCGGCAAGUAAGACUGGCUUCCAAGGCUCUUCUCUGAUUAUUUUUUAGGGCCAGUUGAAGCUAAGCAGGCUUAAGUCAUUCUUUGUGCUUGUUAGGUACAGGUUUAUUCUGGGUUGGUUUUACGGUGCUUUCAGAAACAAACUUUGCAUUGUUUCAUAAAUUAUUCUCAUCGUUGUGUUCUGUGUAGUGCUUUGUGUUUCCUUCAGGCAUAACUCCAAUCUGUGUAUGGAUUGACACAAUGCAGAUAAUCUGUAUGUUUACUUAGGUGUAGUUGUUGUUGAAAUUGUUAAUAAUAAUUAUUAUUACUGUUGUCUGAAUUGUAUAAUAAUAAGUCAUUUCAGGUGUGGGGCAGGG